GGACUGCCAGCAACCUAUGGUCUAUAUAUUUAUCAAACCGACUCAACUCACUUUUCAUUUAAUUUCUCUCUCUUUCUCACUCUCCCUUUGUUUCUGAGUUUUUCUCAUUCUCUUCAAAUAUGGUGGAUCGUCAAGUUGUAUGCUGCAUGUGUGGUGACGUUGGUUUCACUCACAAACUUUUCCGCUGCAACAAAUGUCAUCACCGCUUCCAACACUCGUAUUGUACCAACUUUUAUGGGGAAUUAAGCGAAAUAGAACAGUGCGAUUGGUGCCAAAGUGAAAUGAAAAACACUGUUGCCUCCAACAAUUCCAAAAAACCGGCGGUGGCAGUAACGAUCAACCGUAGUUCUUCUGGAUGUUCCGGCGGUUCGGAGAAGAGGAAGAGCAGUCCAGUGCCUUCACCAAGACGCAGGUAUAAGCUUCUCAAGGAUGUAAUGUGUUGAAGUAAUUUAACAGAUCCAUCCAUCCUACCAAAAACACAAACAAUACUAUAUUAUAGUAUUAGCCUAGGUGUACGUGACUUUUGUAUAUUAGCUUAUAUAUAUAUAUAUAUAUAUAUUUGUAGCUAUAGUAGCUUUGUAAAUUAUAAGACUAAUGUGUGUAUUUUA